AUGUCUCCGUACUUAAGUUAAUCAUUAAGUCAGGUGGGCAGUCAGUCACCCUCACGGUCAUUGCUUCUAAAGUCAAAAUCAAACCUUAUGCUCAAACAAGGUGCCUCUACCAAAAGCAGCCAAAAAGAUACUUUUCCGCAUUUAUUUCAGUAAGCCAGUUUUGGAAAUGUUAAAGGGACACCCUUAUGGCUAUACAGGCCCAAUGCAACAGCUCCUCUGGCUCUAACUCUGUCUGUUAUGAGGAAGGAUCAGGUUCAUUGCCAGUCAUCAUUAUCCCAAGCUUGCUGGCUCUCAGCACCCUGAUUGUUGUGUCUCAGAUAAUACGGAGCUUUAUUACCAAAAGAUCAUCAGCUCAGAUUAUCACAGGCUCAUCUUCGAACAUAAAUGAAGGAGCCCCUGUACCUUUGGACACAGGCUUUGGGACCAUGCAGCCUGCACAGGAUGCUCUGGGUCCAUGGGAGAUACCCGCUCAGUGCUCCCUGGAGGGGGUGGAGCCGCUUCACAUGGGACGCUAUGGGCCAAUCUGCAUGGGUCAGCUAAAACAAGACAACACAUCCACUGCUGUAGUGAUUAAAACUCUUAAAGACGGGUCAAAUCAACCAGAGGUUAGAGAAUUUGUGGAUUUUGUCCUUUUCCACGUAGCAGUGAACAAACACGAGAACAUAGUGAAGAUGGUAUACUGUCAAACACGCCGGGUACCCAUGUACCUGGUUUUGGAGGCAAGCGUUCCAGGGAACCUCCUGCAUUUUCUCUGGAGUCUUCGAGAGGACAGAUGUGGCACAAGUGAUAACUUCCAGACGUUUUCAGAGAGGUCCGUUUAUCUAGUAGCUAAACAGGUAGCAGCAGGUCUGGACUAUUUACACUCUUACCAUAGAAUUAUUCAUGGGGAUGUCGCAGCCCGGAAUAUGUUGAUCAGUUCAGAGCUCUCUGUCAAAAUCUCUGGAUUGGAUUUGGCUUUUAAGAGCCGACAGUCGAGAACGGUGGACAAAGAACAAGAAUCCAAAGUGCCGGUAAAAUGGAAGGCCCCUGAACGUAUGAUGAGGCUUCCCCUAACAGACAGGAGUGAUGUAUGGUCCUUUGGAAUCCUGCUUUAUGAGAUGAUAACCCUGGGGUCUCCUCCCUAUCCUGACCUGGAUCCAUCUGAAGUGCUGCCAAACACUUUAUCCCAUUACCGGAUGAAAAGACCAGAAAACUGUGGAGCCCCUUUAUAUGACUUAAUAAAGUACUGCUGCAUGUGGAACUUCAAGGACCGACCUGUGUAUUCUGCAAUCAUUCGGCUUCUAGACUCAUACAACUACCUCGCUGACACAAAACCACUUCGCUCUGAACAGAAAAUGGACAUCUGUGAAUACAGGAGGAAAGCAGGGCUGCCUCCAUGAGCUCAUUCAGAAAACUAUUAACUGAUCAUUUCUACAAUUAAAGGAUAAGUUCAAUUUCAGAAUGAAAAUUUUUGGUAAUUUACUCACCCCCAUGUCAUCCAAGAUGUUCAUGUCUUUCUUUCUUCAGUCGAAAAGAAAUUAAGAUUUCAGAGGAAAACAUUACAGGAUUUUUCUCCGUAUAAUGGACUUCAGUGGGUUCAACCCAAUGGGUUGAAGGUCCAAAUUGCAAUUUCAGUGCAGCUUCAAAGACCUCUACACGAUCCCAGCCGAGGAGUAAGGGUCUUAUCUAGUGAAACCAUCGUCAUUUUCUUAAAAAAAAUAAAAAUCCAUAUACUUUUUAACCACAAAUGCUCACCUUGCACUAGCUCUGUGAUUAGGCUGGAAAAGUCAUGCAUGGUUAGUUCACGCAAGGUAGGGUCUCAUUUUCUCCUCCAACUUCAAAAUCGUCCAACAUCAUUGGACGAUCAUCAAGUUUUUUGUAAAGGGCUUUUGUCUUUCUUUGCACAAUCACUUUGUAAACACUGGGUCCCCUAGUAAAAAAAAGUAAUUUGAUUUAAAAUGCAUUUAUUUUAUACUAAGUAUAGUUCAAGUCUGUUAACGUAUUUACUGACAUAUCGCUCAAUUUUAAUUAAACUUUAUUUGGAGUACUACUUGUGCACAAAAAAAUAUGUUUUGAUGAGCAUUGUAUGAUCUUUAAAUACUGUCAGUCUUUAAAGGAAUACUCCACUUUUUUGAAAAUAGAACAUUUGAACAUUUUCCAAUUCCCUAAGAGUUAAACAGUUGAGUUUCACCGUUUUCAAAUCCAUUCAGCCGAUCUCCGGGUCUGGCGGUAGCACUUUUAGCAUAGCUUAGCAUAGAUCAUUGAAUCAGAUUAGACCAGGUGUGCCCAACCCUGGUCCUGGAGAUCGACUUUCCUGCAGUGUUCAGCUCCAACCCUGACCAAACACACCUGAACAAGCUAAUUAGGAUCUCAAGGAGCACUUGAUAAUUACAGACAGGUGUGUUUGAUUAGGGUCGGAACUAAACUCUGCAGGAAAGUCGAUCUCCAGGAACAGGGUUGGGCACCCCUGGAUUAGACCGUUAGCAUCUCGCUCAAAAAUGACCAAAGAGUUUAGAUAUUUCUCCUAUUUAAAACUUGACUCUUCUGUAGUUACAUUGUGUACUAAGACUCUAGGGGAGAUGGAAAAAAAAAAAAGUCUAUUUUCAAAAAAAGUGGAGUGUUCCUUUAAAUGCUAAAUAUAUACUUAAGAAUACCUUUAGUUGGACUUCAGCACUAUUUCCACACAAUUAAAGUGCAUUAAGUACAAAAAUAGUUGAUUUUACAUUACCAGUUUAAUAUAAUAAAAGUACAACUGCGGGAUAUAUUUUUUUAUGAAGUACAUAAUAUGUAAAUAUAUUUGUAGUGUACUCAUGAAAUUAAGGUAUUUUAAAUACAUUUUAGUACAUUUAUUUUUCACUAGGGUCAGUACUUCCACUUUAAGUAAUUUGUGAGGACGAGCUAGAGCAAGAUGACGAGUUGUGGUUACAGGAGUUUAUUUCCAGAACAAAAAUUUACAGAUAAUUUACUCACCCCCUAUCAUCCAAAAUGGUGAUGUCUUUCUUUCUUUCAAGGAAUUAUGUUUCUUGAGGAAAACAUUUCAGGAAUGUUCUCUAUAUAGUGGACUUCUAUGGUGCCCACGAGUUUACUUCCAAAAAUCCAGUUUAAAUGCAGCUUCUAAGGGCUCUAAACGAUCCCAGACGAGGAAGUGUCUUUAAAAAAAAAAAAGUACAGUUUAUAUACUUUUCAACCUCAAAUGCUCAUCUUGUCUAGAUCUGCGAUGUGCAUGUGUACUCUGUGUAAUCCAAGUCAAUACAGUUAGGGUAUGUUGAAAAACUCCCAUCUCAUUUUCUCCUCCAACUCAAAAAAUCGUUAUACAGAGGUGACCCAGUGUUUCCAAAGUGAAUGUGCAAAGGAGGUUUUGUGAAGGAGGUCCUUUACAAAAAAGGUAAAACAGCGAUGUGAGAUUUGAGUUUUUUAACCUACCCUAACUGUAUUGACCCGGAUUACACAGAGUACACAUGCACAUCGCAGAGCUAGACAAGACAAGCAUUUGAGGUUAAAAAGUAUAUAAAUGGUAAUUUCUUCUAGAAAAUAACCAAUCGUUUUGCUAGAUAAGACCCUUCUUCCAGGGCUGGGAUCGUUUAGAGUAGGAAUAGUGAAAAAAACCCUCACCUGCCUGUAGCCCUAGUGAUCCUCAAGAUCAGGGUUGGAGCUAAACUCUUCAGGAUAUCGGCACUCCAGGACCGACAUUGACCAUUCCUGUUUUAUGAAGCUGCAUUUAAACUGAAUUUUGGAAGUUCAAACUUGGGGGCACUAUUGAAAUCCACUAUAUAGAGAGAGAUCCUGAAAUGUUACCCUGGACCACAAAACCAGUCUUAAGUGGCUGGGGUAUAUUUGUAGCAAUAGCCAAAAAUACAUUGUAUGGGUCAAAAUUAUAGAUCUUUCUUUUAUGACAAAAAUAAUUAGGAAAUUAAGUAAAGAUCAUGUUCCAUGAAGAUAUUUAGUAAAAUUCCUACUGUAAAUAUAUAAAAACGUAAUUUUUGAUUACUAAUAUGCAUUGCUAAGAACUUAAUUUGGACAAUUUUAAAAGCGAUUUUCUCAAUAUUUUGAUUUUUUUGCACCCUCAGAUUCCAUAUAUUCAAAUAAUUGUAUCACAGCCAAAUAUUGUCAUAUCCUAACAAACCAAACAUCAAUUGAAAGUUUAUUUAUUCAGCUUUCAGAUGAUGUAUAAAACUCAAUUUUGAAAAAUUGACCCUUAGGACUGGUUUUGUGGUCCAGGGUCACAAAUGUUUUCCUCAAGAAACACAACUUCUUUACGGCUGAAGAAAGAAAGACAUGAACAUCUUGGAUGACAAGGGGGUGAGUAAAUUAUCUGUAAAUUUUCAUUCUGGAAGUGAACUUCUCCCUUAAAAGUAUAGAAAUUUGUGUUUUUCUUAGAAAACGACAGAUUGUUUUGCUAGAUAAGACCAUUAUUCCUUGGAUGGGAUCAUGUAGAGGCCUUUGAAGCUGCCUUGAAACUGCAAUUUGGGCCUUCAAACCGUUGGCCAACUUUAAAAUCCACUAUAUGGAGAAAAAUCCUGGAAUGUUUUCCUGAAAAACCUUAAUUUCUUUUCGACUGAAGAAAGAAAGACACAAACAUCUUGAAUGACAUGGGGGUGAGCAAAUCAUCAGGAAA